ACUCUGUAAGUUGCCGCGUUGCCGCCAGUUGUCGCCAUUGAUUCAAGCAUCUUCGUGACUGGCGUUUGUGACAGUCGGCUUGAACUGAUUUUUAAACAAUUUUUAUUAGAAGAAUAAAUCUAGUUUGAAAAUGUUUCUAACACGUUCUGAAUACGAUCAUGGUGUUAAUACUUUUUCACCUGAAGGAAGGUUAUUCCAAGUUGAAUAUGCUAUAGAAGCUAUAAAACUUGGUUCCACUGCCAUUGGAAUUGCAACAUCAGAAGGUGUAGUGUUAGUUGUUGAGAAGCGUAUCACAUCUGGUUUAAUGGAACCUACAACCUUAGAAAAAAUUGUAGAAAUUGAUAAGCACAUUGGAUGUGCAGCAUCAGGUCUGAUAGCUGAUUCUAGAACAAUAAUUGAUCGUGCUAGAGUAGAAUGUCAAAAUCAUUGGUUUGUCUACAAUGAAAAAAUGUCUGUGGAAUCAACGGCUCAAGCUGUUUCCAAUUUAGCUAUACAAUUUGGAGAUAGUGAUGAUGAUGGUAGUGCUAUGUCACGACCAUUUGGUGUAGCAGUGUUAUUUGCUGGUAUUGAUGAAAAAGGGCCUCAACUGUAUCAUAUGGAUCCUUCAGGCACUUUUGUUCAGUUUAAUGCAAAAGCCAUUGGUUCUGGGAGUGAAGGUGCACAACAAAACCUUCAAGAGGUAUAUCACAAGUCAAUGACGCUUAAAGAAGCAAUAAAAUCUGCUUUGGUUAUAUUGAAGCAAGUCAUGGAAGAAAAAUUGAGUGAUAAUAACAUAGAAGUAAUGACAAUGACACCUGAGAAACUGUUUCAUAUGUUUACAAAAGCUGAAUUACAAGAGUUGAUUGAUGUUCUGCCAUCGUCAAAAGAAGAUUCCUUAAGAUCAAGAUCCAAUACCUCUGGUCCAUAUCCAUUACUCCCAUCUAUUUCAUCCAAUGAUGGGUGAAAAACUGAGAAGCAGUGGGUACCUGCAAUAGUGUUUGUACUUCCUAUCCUACAAUUGUUUCAUUAUUCUUCUCAAGGUAACACAUCAUAAAACAUUUUUAUAAAA